UUCGCUCCAAAUCAUCACAUGUCACUUUGACAACUCCAAUCGUCAAAGCACAACUACGUGGCUAACUUUCGACAAUUUUGUGACUUAACAUUCAUUUCUGAACCAACACGCCGUAAAGACAAUGUUCCGCUCAUUCAUAAUCGCAAGUAUCUUUGCCUUUAGCGCCGUGUUUUGUGAGACUUGCACGAAACCCGAAGUAACCUCAACUUCCUUCACCACACAAGAUGCCACGAUUGUCACCAACAUCGCCUACAUUGCCGAUUUCACCCUCAAGUGCAGCAACGGGCAAGUUCCGCCCUUGUACGCCGAAGUGAACGGGAACAUUGUCCCGGUUUCGGUGGUUGGACCCAACCAAUACCAGAUUAGUUGGACUGAAGACAUCAAAACGGCGCGCAGUGGCGACAAGUUAGUGCGCGUUUUGGACGAAGACGGCUUUGCAGCGGCCCGCAAAGCCCUCAGAUCGGGAGAAGAUCUAUCAGGAGUCUCCUCCAUAGCUGACGUGGUCAUCAACUACCCAGGUGCCUAUAAUGGCCCAUGGUUAAAGAGUGAACUUCUGGCAACUUUGGUCUCACUGGUUGUCGCAUACUUUGCCAUUUCGUUCAAAUUGAAAGUUACAGCUUAGUUCAUUGUUGACCAUUUGUUAUUAUUUAUUUCACCAAUUGUGCUGUACAGAAAUGCAUGUUUUAUACGAUACAGUUAUUUUUUCAAUAAACAUCUUGGAAAGAUUAA